AUGGACGCGCAGAGGCUGUACCAGGUGUUCACGGCGUCCUUCGAGCCAGACCCAAACGUUCGCAUUGCCGCAGAACUCGAGCUCAAGAAGCUCGAGCCGGUCGAGGGCCUCCUCCCUACGCUCCUCCAGCUCGUCUCCCCUUCCUCCUCCUCUUCGCCCGUCGUUCGCCUCGCCGCAGCCAUCUACUUCAAGAACCGCAUCCGCUCGAGCUGGCGAUCUCCUCUCGAGCCCUCUCCCUUCGCUUCUCCCGCAGCCGUCGCCGCCGCCCAAAAGGCUUCGACCUUCGUUGCCAUCCCCGCUUCCGACCGACAAAGCGUCAAGUCCAGUCUCAUUCCCUUGUAUGCGGCGCUCGCGGCGGAUCCCUCGAGCUCGAAGGUGAAGGAGCAGGUUGGCGAAGCGCUAAGCAAGGUCAUCGAGUGCGACUUUCCGACGGAAUGGCCGGGACUCGUUGACGAGGUGAAGACGAUGCUGGCAGGGAACGAGGGGCAGGUUGAGGCGGGCUUGCGGGCGGCGAUGGAGGUGUUCAACUGCUUGCGAUACGCUCACAAGGAUGAGACGGGCGAGACUCUUCCCCAGCUCACGACACACCUCCUUCCCCUCCUUCUCCCGAUCGGCCAGAAGGUCCUCGCCUCUUCUCCCUCCGAAGCCGCCGCCUUCACGACGCAAGGCACCCUCCUGCGCCUCGUCCUCAAGUCUUACAAGAACAGCAUCAUCCACACCCUCACGCCCGCUCACCAGGCACACGACUCGCUCAUCCCCUGGGGCACGCUCCUGCUCUCCGUCGUUGCGCACCCGAUCAACGCCACGCUGCUCCCGGAGGAUGAGGACGCGCGGGAGAAGCACCCCUGGGCAAAGAGCAAGAAGUGGGCAUGCUGGUCGCUCAACAAGCUCUUCACGCGUUACGGCAGCCCGACGCAGCUUCCGAAGAACAUGGUCGAGCAGUACGGGCAGUUUGCGAAUCGCUUCGUCGAGCAGUUUGCGCCCGAAAUCAUGAAGACGUAUCUCGCUGUGGUGGAGAAGAUGGUGGCGCAGAACGAGUGGUUCCCGAGGAAGGGCAAGUUCCACGUCUUGUGCUUCUUCGAGGAGUGCAUCAACCCGAAGUCGACGUUCGCCCUCCUCAAGCCUCACAUCCCUUCUCUGAUCGAACACUUUAUCUUCCCUCUCGUCUGCCUCUCCGAGGAGGAGAUCGAGCUCUUCUCGGACGACCCCACCGAGUUCUCCCGGCAAUUCUUCGGCGACUUUAUCGCCGACUCUUACGCUUCUCCCACCGCUUCCGCUCUCGCCUUCCUCGCCGCCCUCACCGAGACUCGCGCCAAGACCACUCUUCUCCCGCUUCUCCAGUUCAUCCAGUCGGUCGUCGACAAGUACCCCGCCGAGACCACGCCCCGACAAAAAGACGGCGCGCUUCGCAUGCUCGCUGCUCUUGCGCCCACUGCCGUCAAGAGCAAAAAGCUCGCCCCUCUCCUCGAAUCCUUCUUCCUCCAGCACGUCGUUCCCGAGUUCAAGUCCCCGCACGGCCUCUUGCGAUACCGCGCCUGCGACGUCGUCGAGAAGUUCGAGAGCGUCGACAUGACCUGGGCUGCGCAAGACGCCCUCGAGAACACGCUCAACCUCCUCAUGAAUUGCAUCACCGACACCGACUUGCCCGUCCGGAUCCAGGCUGCGAUCGCGCUGCCUGAACUCGUGCGGUACGAGCGGAUCCGCGAGAAGAUGCUGCCGAACCUGGGACGGAUCUUGCAGGAGCUCCUCAAGCUGUCGUCGGAAGUCGACCUCGACAGCCUGACGAACACGACUCGCUCGAUGGUUACGGAGUUCUCGGACGAGGUUGUUCCGUUCGCUGUCGAGCUUUCGCAUUCGCUCGUCGAGUCGUACCGGCGCCUGCUGCAGGAGACGCUCGAGACGCGCGACAAGGACCCGUCUGGCGUCGACACUUACGACGACGAAAAGACGAUGGUCAUGAUGAACAUUCUCAAGACGAUCGAGCAGCUCGUCUCGUCGGCGCGGGAGAAGAAGGAGCUCGUCGCCGAGAUCGAGAAGGCCGUCGUCCCGCUCAUCGAGGCGACCAUCCGACACUCGGUCGUCGAGCUGUACGACGAGGCGUACGAGAUCCUCGACUCGCUCACGUUCUUCCAGCAAGCGAUCUCGCCGCCCAUGUGGGCCUGCUUUGAUGCGACGUGCGCCGCGCUCAAGAAGGACGCGGGCGACUACCUCCACGAGACGUUCGGCUUCAUCGACAACUGCAUCAACUACGGCGUCGACAUACUCUCGACCAACACCGAGUACCGCCGCGCCGUCAUCGAGCUCUUCGACACGUGCAUGACCAGCCGCGCGCUUGGCGCAGAGGAUCGUGUCAUCGCGUGCAAGCUUGCCGAGGCGCUUCUCCUCCGCCUGCGAGGGCAGGUCGACGAGGCCCUUCCGCCUGUCAUCGAGCGUUGCAUGUGGUUCGUGCUGAAGGACGACGAGGACGAAGACUUUGUCGUCACCAAGACGCUCUUCAUGCACGCGCUCGAGCUCGUCAUCCUCGCCAUCUCGUACAACCCGCAGCUCACGAUCGCCGUCCUCGACCGCCACGACUGGACCCAGCAGUUCUUCGCGCACUGGUUCAAGAAUCUGUCCAAGUACUCGCGCGUGCACGACAAGAAGAUCAUCCUGUGGGCGAUCUGCGCGCUGUUCGACUGGCUCAACGGGCCGGGCGCGGGUUCGCCUUUGACUGGCAAUGUCGGCCAGCUCGUCGCGGGUGCCCUCGAGGUGUUUAAGACGUACCCGAAUGCGCUGGCAGAGCGCAAGAUGGCCGAAGCGGCGCGGGAUCUCGAGGAGGAAGAGGUCGACGACGACAUGUCGGACGACGAGGACCUCGACUUGGGCGAGGAUGACGGAGACUUUGACGAUGCCGACGUUCGCGACCGGACAACCGACUACCUUGACCAGCUUGCUCAAUCCGAGGCCAACCGCCUUGCUCGAGGAGGCGCGUUCGACGACGGAGACUCGGCAUGGAGCGACGAAAUCCUGUGGGCAUCGCCGCUCGACCAGUUCGACUCGUACCAGCGCUUCUCGGGCUUGCUUGCCAACUUGCAGACGGCCAACCCUUCGCUCUACCAGUCCUCGCUGUCGGCUCUCGACGCGUCGCAGCAGGGAGUGCUUGCCGACAUCGCCUCGAAGGCUUCCGAGGGAGGAGAUGCAGUUGUUGCUGCCAAGGCGUACGCGGAGUUGCAGGCGGAGGAGGGAGGUGCGGCUUAA